GCCCGAGCUACGUUAGUGACAAAUGUCUUCCCCCUCCCAGCCAUGGAGCAUCGGCAGCUCACGACUCGGCGUACGCUCAGAUGAGACGACUCCCUCUGGUACACCUGAUGUUCGCGCCCUUCGCGCUCAGUACACCGGCACUCCCGUCCCAAACAUCCCCACACGCUAUAGCGUAGCUUCUUCUUCCAACCCAAGCCCCAACCCAGCCAUCUUCGCUCGUGGUCGCGAGGACUUGCCUUCCAUUUCUGUCCGCCCCUCUAGUGAGGCUCUUGUUGGUCGAGGUCGUCCUUCCAUCAGCGGCAUUUCCGCUGGUCGACCUGUCCUUACAGGGACUGUUGCUGCUGGGAAUGAGAACGCUGUAGACCUCGAUGAACUUCCGGACGAGGAGAAGGCUAGAGUCCUUCGCAAGCAUCUCGUUUUGAAUGACGAGCGUAACAACCGUCCUGGCACAGGGACUGCCACCCCCACGGACCAUGACGCUGCAAGCGCUCACAGCUCAAGUCCUGCCCUCGGUGAGCCUUCCGGAAGUCUACGACCCCAAGGACCUCAGCGGCAGCCUACCGAGACAUUCCCAAUCCCAUACGACGCGCACGGUGCGGAUGUGACACACGACAUCUACAAAUGGCACACAGACCAGCGCCGCCAGGCUGUUCGUCCUCGUGCCGCCUCGUUCUCAGGCUCUGUACAGGCUGCAGACCCCGCGUUCGAGCACAUCCAUGAGCCAGGAGGCUUCCGCCGGAAUUAUGUGCUUCUACGUGCAGGUGACAGCGGCAACGACCUCAAUCACACUAGCAACUUUAUCGACUUCUUGUAUAUUUAUGGCCAGUUUGCUGGCGAAGAUCUUGAAGAAGAAGAAGAACCUCUAGAGGACGAAGAGUCCGUAAGGCAGGAUGCUGCCACAGAUGAACGUUCCCCACUACUCAAGGACAGGCGAAGCAGAUCUGCUUCUCGCCGCAGAGCAUCUUCUGUGGGGCCGCAUGGAAACUCGACGGUUCCUCAAGCCAUCCUUAUGUUGCUCAAGUCCUUCGUUGGCACCGGUGUUCUAUUUUUGGGCAAAGCGUUCGCGAAUGGCGGAUUAAUUUUCUCUGUGGUCACCAUAUCUGUGGUUGCUCUGAUCUCGCUGUACUCGUUCUUGCUAUUGGUGAAGGCCAAGUUCGCUGUGACGGGAUCUUUCGGAGAUAUCGGGGGUACCUUAUAUGGACCGUGGUUGCGUUACGCUAUCCUCACUUCAAUCGCGAUUUCUCAGAUUGGAUUCGUUUGCGCGUAUACCAUCUUUGUUGCGGAGAACUUGCAGGCCUUCGUGCUUGGUAUCACGCGAUGCGCUAAGCUCAUCUCGACGCCAUAUUUCAUCCUUAUGCAGCUGGUCAUCUUCCUCCCUCUUGCUCUUGUCCGCUCUAUUAGCAAACUCAGCACGGCUGCCCUUGUUGCAGAUGUCUUUAUCCUAGCGGGUCUCUUGUACAUCUUCGGUAGCGAAGGGGCGAUUAUAGCCAAGAAGGGCGUCGCGGAUGUCGUCAUGUUCAACUCACGGGACUUCCCACUUUUCAUCGGGACGGCUGUGUUUUCCUUCGAGGGGAUUGGUCUUGUCAUUCCAAUUACCGACGCGAUGCGGGAGCCGCGCAAGUUCCCCAAAGUCCUCACGGGUGUUAUGAUCUUUUUGCUCUUCUUGUUUGGUGGCGCUGGUGCUUUGUCAUAUCUCACUUUCGGCAGCCAGACUAAGUCUGUCGUUCUUGUCAACCUUGACCAGUCGAAUCGGUUCACGCAGGCGGUCCAGUUCCUUUACUCGAUUGCGAUUCUGCUCUCGAUCCCGCUGCAAUUCUUCCCUGCUGUACGUAUCCUCGAGAACGGCGUGUUUGUACGCUCUGGUAAGGCAAACAUCCGUGUCAAGUGGAUGAAGAACGUUUUCCGGUUCGGCCUUGUUGCCAUGUGUACCAUGAUCAGCUGGCUCGGUGCUGCUGACCUCGACAAGUUUGUUUCCCUUGUGGGCAGCUUCGCUUGUGUGCCGUUGUGCUUUGUCUAUCCGGCGAUGUUGCACUACCGUGCUGUGGCAAGGACACGUAAACAGAAGGCGGCUGACAUUGCUUUGGGUGUCUUCGGAAUGGUGGCCAUGGUGUACACCACCUAUCAGACUAUUCUAUUGAUGGCAGUCCCAGAACCUUCGGUUCCUGAAGCGCCCCGCACCUGCUGAGUGGAUAAUGCAACUUUAGAGACUUUCAUAUGAUGUUGCUUUGCCGCGUAAUAAAUCACUCAUACCUCGCCGUGUCUGUUGGUGCGGCACGUUGAAUGACACAGCAGAUGAUUUGACUACGGUCAAUCCGAGUUUACCCUUGUAAUUCAC